AUGAGACUUCUCGGGACGCUACUCAUUUUGGUACCCCUGCAAGUGAAGGCGCGCUGUCACGUUCUUAGCAGAGUGAACUCCAAGCUGCCCAGGGCGAGCCUCAGCACCUUUCGCGCGAACAAGCACAGUAGGGCCACGUACAUCGUACACAGCCUCGUGCCCGUGGAGAGAAAAAGAAGAUACUACUCUGUUGUGAGGAGCAGGGUGACUGCGGACAAGGCGACGUUAAGUAGGGCUACUUUAAGCAACGCUCCGUUGAGAAGCAUGGAAGAAGGCCACGUGAAAGCAAGUGGCUCAGCCGCCGAAGAAGCGACCCGCAUUGAGGAGCAAAUACAAAGGUGCAGCCAAGAAAUAUCAACCCUGGUCGAGCGGAACGACUGUAUUCGCGGUAUAGAUGAUGAGUUGCUCAAAAAGGAACACGACGCAAAUGAAAAGUCGUUGGAAGAAAAGAAAAGGAAAUUGAAACUGUUGUAUAGUAUCCCAAGCGAGCCACUAAAUUUAGCCACUAACAGAAUCAAAGUGGAUAAUUUAGCGAAAAGGAAACUUUUUUAUACAAACUCAUUUGAAAUUUAUGGAGGUUCCUCAGGUCUAAUAGAUUAUGGUCCCUCUGGUUGUCUCCUGAAAUCACAACUUGAAAACCUCUGGAGGUACCAUUUCAUUUUUUGUGAUGAGAUGUUGGAGAUAUGCGGCACGUGCAUAACCCCCUACAGUGUUUUGAAGACUUCAGGACAUGUGGACCGCUUCACAGACCUCAUGAUUAGGGAUGCCGUGACUGGCGACUUUUACAGAGCAGACAAAUAUAUCGCGGAGUACCUAACAAGUAGGGUACAAGAAAAGAAGGAGAUGAAGGAGAUGAAGCACAAGAAGGAGAAGGAGAAGAAGCAGGAUGAGGUGAACAGAACAGAACAGGAUGAACCAGUGGUGGGUAAACAGGAUCAGGAAAUGGAUCCGGGUAGCAGAAUGGAGGACGCCGAGGAAAUGUUAGCAAUUGUGAGGAGACUGGACGGAAUGAACGAGCAAGAAAUAAAAGACCUCAUAAAGAAAUAUAAUAUAAAAUCUCCUUCCAAGAAUGACUUCGUAGGUCCUUUCCCCUUUAAUCUCAUGUUCCAGACAAGGAUCGGCCCGAAGGAAGACGUAGAGGAUGGUAACACUACACAGAGGGGAAAAUCAAAUGAGUCGUCCACAAGCCAUUUGAGCAAUAUAGCAUUUUUGAGGCCAGAAACUGCUCAAGGGAUAUUUGUGAAUUUUAAAAAGCUGCUAGAGUAUAAUGGAGGGAAAAUGCCUUUCGCAGGAGCACAAAUUGGGUUGGGCUUUCGAAAUGAAAUAUCUCCUAGGAAUGGUCUUCUACGUGUACGUGAAUUUGAAAUGGCUGAAAUUGAAUAUUUUGUGAACCCAGAUAAUAAGUGCCAUGAAAAAUACCAUUUGUUCAAACACCUCAUCCUUCCCUUGUACCCACGACAAGAGCAACUGGCUAUUGGAGAAAAACACAAUGGGAUAGUUUAUAUGGAAAUAGAAGAAGCAGUCAACAAGGGUAUUAUUGCUAAUGAAGCCUUGGCCUACUUCCUUGCAAGGACAUAUUUGUUCCUUCUAAAGUGUGGAAUUAACAAAGAUGGUCUCAGGUUCAGACAGCACUUAGCCACUGAGAUGGCUCAUUAUGCAAAUGAUUGUUGGGACGCCGAAAUUUUAACCUCGUACGGCUUUAUUGAAGUGGUGGGACACGCAGACAGAUCUGCAUACGAUUUGAAGAAUCACAUGAAAGUAACAGGAGCUAACUUAUAUGCCUGCGAGAAGUAUGAUUCCCCCGUGGAGGAAGAGCAUAUAAAAAUUUCUCCAAACAAAGCCAAGAUAGGGAUGAAGUUUAAAAGUCAACAGAGUAUUAUUUACCAGUGGCUAAAUGAAAGGACAAAGGAAGAAUUGUUAUUAGUUGAUGAGGAGCUGAACAGAAACAACUCCUAUGUGGUCAACAUCCAUGUGAGUGGUUCUGCUGCUGCUACUGCUACUGCCCCCGUGUCGUUCGAAUUGACCAGAGAUAUGAUCAAGUUUGAAAAAUGCAAAAAGAAAGUCCAGGAAAGAAAUUUCAUACCUAAUGUUAUUGAGCCUUCAUUUGGGAUUGGUCGACUUAUUUUUUGUAUAAUCGAGCAUUCAUUUCGAACCCGCACCUUUACAGAUGAAAAGGAAGAGAGACAUUACCUUUCCUUACCUUACGCAUUGGCACCUAUAAAGUGCUCUGUGUUAACCAUAUCGAAUCAUAAGAAUUUUGUUCCUUUUGUGAAACAGGUUCAAAUGAUUCUAAAUGAGUUUAGCAUCUCCUCCAAAAUUGACAAUUCUAGUGUCUCCAUUGGCAAGAAGUACGCUCGAACGGAUGAAAUAGGAAUCCCCUUUGCAGUUACCAUCGACUUCCAGACGUUGAAGGACAAGACCGUCACGCUUCGAGAGAGGGACUCCAUGCUACAGGUCAGGAUCAACCUGUCGGAGCUGGUCGGAAUUGUUACUUCCCUCCUGAGUCAGAAGAAGACCUGGGCCGAUUACGUCGCACAGUAUGGCCUCUUCACGCAGCAAAAUUUGGAUCCUUAA